CUGCCUUGCUGAGGGAGGGGACGGCGCUGACGGCUGGGAGGACGAAAGGAGAGCCAAGAAAGCUUUUGGGAAGAAAUAAGAGAGUGGGAAAGACUCGGGGUUCCACCGUCCGUCGGGAAAAAACACCUAGUUUCUGCAGCUGCUGGAUUUGUCACCGAAUCGGCGCCGAAAUGUCGACCAGUCGUCAGCUUAGUGAGAGCAGGGCCAUCCCGACCAGGACGGUGUUGAUCAACGACACAACGCAGCUACCUCAUGACUAUUGUACUACCCCUGGAGGCACUUUAUUCUCAACCACUCCGGGAGGAACCCGGAUCAUUUAUGACCGUAAGUUCCUGUUGGACAGACGUAAUUCCCCCAUCGCCCAGACCCCCCCGGCCCACCUGCCUGUGAUCCCUGGGGUGACCAGCCAAAAUGUCCUGAACGAGAACAGGAAGAAUGAAGCCAACAACCACAUCAACAACCACGACGGCAAGCCAGGAGCCGGUGAAGAUGCUCAGUUUGAAAUGGACAUCUAACAGACUGGAACCUCACCAGCAGAAGCAAAUAACCUGGCACACAUGUGCCAGUGGCUUGGCUUGUAGAAACCGAUGUUGUGAGCCCUCAUGGCAGCCAUCUUCUUUAGCUCUCUGUCUCGCUGCUGGAUGUGAUGUGUGUAAACCAUGGGGAUACAGUAUAUCAUAAAGCACGGUAUGGUCAACUCUGGAAACUAGGUAGACGGUUGAUUUGAGUAGAUUCCAUGGUUGCCAGUAGCCGUUCAAAUCAACCACACAACAAGGGAGAGGGCCUGAAUUUUUUUUCUGUGCCCGGACACACUUUCUGAUUCAUAGAUUACAGUGCUCAUCUCAAAGCUUACUGUGAUCAUCAUUCUGUAAAGUCGGGAUCUGUACCAGAGCACACUGUAAAACCGAUAACACUCAAGGCUAUACUCAACUGGCCGCUGAAAACUUUACUUUUUCGUACUGGCCUUAGAAUCAGUCAAAAGGUUUGAUAUUCAUCACAGUCUUUUUUUUUUUUUUUCUUUUUCUUUGAAGACCCUUGUUAGCAUGUUAUUAUUUAAUUAAAUGAGAUAUUCUCCUUUUUGGAACUACUUGAAAGAGCUCCACAAUCUGUUGUCAGUUCUUUGGUCUGUUUUAGGUUUCAGUGAAGGUAUGUAAAGGGAUGCUGUGUUGUUUUAUUUUGAAAUGAGCUGAAGGUUCUGCGCCAUUCCAAUUUUCCAUUUUUUCAUCGGCACCACGAGGCUUUGUCAGUUUCCGGCGUCCGGGGUUGUGAUGCCCCAUGACCUCUAGGCCAUCAUGUAACUGUUUUGAAAUCAUCAAAUGAAUGAUUUGAUUAUUCAGCGACACGUGUAUAAGGCAAAUCAUAAAUAAGGUGAUCGAUUAUGGGCUUUUCAUUUACAAUUAAAUGUCAAGCUGUAACAAACGUUUAUCAAACCAGCCAUUUUAUCACGACUGCGAGCGUGCUGUAGCAGUUUCUUUUACACACGUCUCUCCUGCCAAGAAAAGCUUACACACUUUUUCAGUAGAUUCAAUGGUUACCUAGUUAGUUGUGUCGGCAAGAGCUUUGUGUUGAUCAUAUGAUUUAAAAAAACAAAACAAAACAAAACAAAAAAAAACUAAGCAAGGGGGUAAUACAUGGUGACCUCUGUCAGGUGUUUUAGAAUAUUCAAACCAUUUAGAAUAUGGAAACGGUUAAAUCCCAAUGUUAAUGUUUGGGUGAAAUACAAGGUGAUUUUUGAAAAAAAAAAACUUGAAAAUAUCCAGGUCUUUUAUAUGUAUUUUAUUUUUGAAUACAUUUUCUUAGUUUAAAAUAAAAUAAGGAGACAACAUAAUUUUAGAGGGCUGGUUUCAUGAAUUGGUGACUAGUUGGAAAUCAUCUGCCACAUUGCACUUAUACACAGACUCUUCUCAUCGAGUGAAGGAUGGACCCUGUCAGUCCUUAAGAUUUAAGAUAGAAGUGUCAAGGAGCCAGAGGAGAAGUUGUUUGCAUAGGGCGAGGUAGAUACCAUCCCGAAAUCUACAAAUCGACUCCCAGUGUCCUUAAUCCAUUUUACAUUACCUUAAGCCCUUCUUGUGCUAAGUGUAUCUGCCCAUGCCUUACAUUACUUUACAUGAGAUGCAGUAACUAAAACUAGGUUCCUUGUUCUCAGUUUAUACUUUCCAACAGAUGUGUGUUUAUUUUUUCACUGUAAGGUUCAGCAGGUAAUAUUGUAUUUAGCAGUUGAGAGAGAGAAUUACUUUUUUUUUUUUUUUUUUUAAUGGUUCAUUUUGUACACAUACUUCCUUCCUCAAGCAGCUGUGAAAUGUUGGGUUUCCAAAGUGUGAUGGUUUAGCCUACAUGGCAAUAUUUAGGAUGGAGUGGCGAUACGGUUAGAGGCAUGUGAUGAUUUCACAUGCUCAGGUAGUCCCACCACUUUGUUUUUUUUGUUUUUUUGUUUUUUUCUUUCAGUUUUCCUUGGCACAAUCAUAGUUCUGCUGGUUGUACUCUGUGCAAGUAGGACCUAUGAACUCAAAUAAAUCACACUGAGAUACCUGUUUUUCAGUUCAUUCAUACUAUGAGUUCGUUUUUGCAUGAUUGGAACGACUGAAUGGGAGAAAUGCCUAUCAGAUUUAAUUUAAUUUUUUUUUUUUUUUUUUUUUUUUGGCUUCGUAAUUAACUUUGGCCAUGUUUGGUGUUGAAUAUGUUGAGGGUUUGCUUGCACCAAUUUCGCAUUGCAUUACAUUUUUGGGCUAGAAAAAAAUAUAUUUGUAUUAUGGCAUCAAAAUUCAUACUGCAGAUUAAUUUUCAAAUCAGUUUGGUUUGACAUUGAGGGCUUAACAUUGUACGUUGCAGAGAGAUUUGAAACAAACUUACUGUAACUUUCUGUUCUGAUUUUGAUUAACUUUAUUUUCAAUGAAACGCCAAUGCCAGUGGACACUGUUGCUGCAAGAUCAAUAAAGUUCCUUAACAAAGAA